GGUAUUUUAAGGAGAAACAAGAACAAUUCUCACAUAACUUGUAUAAAUAACAAUAAGAAAAGUGAGUGACAUAAGGGUUGCUGUGGAUACCAACAAAUCAUAUAAAAUUUAUUGUAAAAAAAGUAAACAUGCGCAUUUGAAAAAAAUCAUCCUCAUAACACAGCUAAGCUCGUAAAAUACCAUAGAGAAAUUUGGUCGUAUUUCGGCUCUCAGUUAAACGAUUUUGACAGAUUGGUUGGGACAGACGUCUUGCAUUAUCGCGCGGAUAAAUAAUCGGAAAGAUAUAUGUUGUGUAAAAAGUUGGAAAAUUGCAAGUGUUUUUCUUUCAUCAGUAUAAAAUAAACCAAGGGGAAAAGAACAAUCAGCGACAACAACAAAACAGUGCAAAUUGCCAAAAAGAACGUAAAUAAAGUCACAAAGAGGCAAAACAAAAAACAUUCGAGCAUAUUCUGCUGAUAAACGAAAAAGAAUACAAAAGCUAAUUACAAAAACAAACUACCGAAAUCUGUAAGAUACUUUGAGUUUGGAUUUUCUUUUAAUUUCCAAUCAUCGUGUUGGUGGUUUACAACGUUUUGGGGGAAAUUGUGUAUCUUUGAUUUGUUUGGUGCGUUCGUGUGUGGGCAAAACAAAUAUUGUUUUCCAUUAAAUUAUAUUUUCGAGCUAUGGAUAUAUUGAAGAAAAUGUUCCAACAAUCGGAGGAAGACGGCAAGGAUAAAGACUCCUUGGCCAAGGAUGAGUUUCGGAAACCUCAAUGGUUCGAAGAGGCCGAGACCGAUGAUGAAUUAUUUGAUGAUGAUCGCAAGUUUGCUUUCCAAAUAUUUACCAAUCCCAUGGAGUUGCAAAAACAUUUUGAACGUCAAAUGCAACAAAUUUUGGAAGCUGUCAGCGAAAUGGAGGGUGGAGACAAGAACAUCAUUGUUGAAAAGAACAUCAAGGAAGAUUAUCUAAAACCCGGUUUUGAAAGUGAAAUUCUUAAGGAAUUUGAAAAGCAAAAAGCUAAAUACUAUGACACCGAUUUGGAUGGCGAAAUCUAUCCGGAUCAAUUGCAUUCGCUAUUGCAACGUUUCGCCAACGGCGAGGGAGAGGUUAUAAAACAUUUACAUGAUCCCGAGACGCCUGGCCACAUUUUGCCACGCAAUGAUAAUAAGGCAUUCCGUAAUUGGAAUAGAAAACCAAAAAUGAGCGAUGAAGAGAUAAUAAUGGGUAAAAUUCAUGGUACCCUUGAUGAUGAUGCCCAGGGCGAGAAACAUAAACGUGCACCACCGCCCCCCGCAUUCCCACGUCGUCCGGAUAUUAUGACACCAAUGACCCCGAUGAUGCCGAGAGGAUCAUUUGGCGGCGGUGGUGCCUUUGAGGGGACUUAUACGGGUCCCAAAAUGUUUAGUCAAAGUGUUAUGACCAAAACCAUACGCAAACCGGAUGGAACAUAUGAAACUACAAAGAUUACCCAAGAUUCUCAGGGCAAUAAAACUACAACGGUUACACGUGUCGUCGAUGGCAAAACUGAAACAAUUACUACAUAUGAUGGUGCCGCAGCCGGUGCUGCUGCUGCCGGUUCCGUUACGGGAAAGAAUCAUUUGAAACAACAUUCAAACGAACCCCAGGCUCAAGUAUAUUCAGAUCGUAAUGUUUAUGUAUCCAAAGAAGGUUAUGCCUUACCACGGAACCUCUGGUGACCAGUGGUUGGCCAAUUGCAGAUCACUGAUAAUUUGCAAAUUCAAUUUAUUAUUAUUAAUAUUAUCCUCAAAGCAAAUAAGCAAAACCAACAACAACAGCAGCAACAAGACAAGACAUUGUGUAAAACAACAACCACAGCAGACCCUUCUCUAUUUACGGAUUCUGUUUAUGUAGUUUCUAUUAUUAUAAUGAUUGUAGUAGUAAUGGCUUUAGCUUCUUUAAAAUCAACACCAACAACAACAACAACCACAACAAAGGCAAAUAUUUAUUCAACAACACCAUUAACACCUAUCGUCGUCUCCAAUGAUAUUUUAGUUUAUAGAUUACCACGAAUUUGGUGUUUUAGAUGAAGAAAAUCUUAUUGAGAUAUUGACAAUUGCAUUGAAUAAGACAAAGCAAAACAAAAGUAAUCCCCCAUGAGUGGUGGGACAUUUAAAUGCCACAAUUAUUACAAAAUAAUAAUGACUUUUUUGCAGUUGAACAAUGGAAAAAACAAACAACAAUUAGUCAUUGUCGAUUUUGUUAACAAUUGUCUUUAUAUUGUUUGGAACAUUCUGUAGCAAUGAUGAUGGAUGGUGUUGUAACUUCUACAUAACCAUUGUUAUGCAGGAAUGCAGAAAACAUUGUUGGCCAUCAGUUUGGUUGGUCGGUUGGCUGGCUGGCUUGACUCUUACUGGCCGGUUGGCUGACUCUGGCUACAUGACAAUGUACAAAAUUUCUUUUGUACAUCCUAACACUUGGGAAAAGACAACAAUUAUGAAUGACAACAAACAAAACAAAACUUUCCUAUGCGGAGCUGUAAUUCUCUGGUAGGUUUUUGUUUUUCAAAUAUUUUACGUUUUAAUAUCAUUUGCAUGGCAUUGGCCUCAAUCAUCAUCUCAAAGCACCAGAGGUUAAUGACAACUCCUCAUUAACUGUUGGUCGGGGAUGGACGAGAGGAAGCUGAAGGAAACGUAAGUGAAUUGAUUUUAUGUUUUUGGAUUUGUUAAAAAAAAUGAAACGAAAUAUUUUCUUUAAAUUUUGAGAAAAUUUAACUAAACACACUUAGAUAAGAUUCUAUUUUAAGGAAUAUGGAAUAUAUUCCGACCUUAGGUCAAUGCAAUUCUGGUUAAUGUUUGUGCAAUUCUUACGGAGUAAACAAUAUUUUUGCAAUGUCUGAUCUAAGUGUGUUUUUGAGAAACCAAAGUCUUGCAAAAAAAAGUAUUUUUUUAUGUUUAAUUAGAAUUAAAAAAUGUUAAUUUAGUCAUUUUCAUGGAAUAGUCCACUAACACAUACACACCAACACGUAUACACAGUCAGUCGUCUGUCUCAAUAAUGAAAGUUGAAAGCAAAAAAAAAAAACAAAAACGCAGCGAAACAAAGCUCAUCUAAAAUACCAAAUUGUCAGUAACAUUGCUUAAAGUAAAUGAAAAAGACCCUAUUUUUCUUUGUUCUUAAAAUAAAAUCUCACAUUGAUGUUGAACUAUAAUUUCAAAUAACUAAAUAUUUAUAAAUAAAAUCUGCUAAAAAAAAAGAACUACAAAAAUCAUCACAUGAAUUUUCAAUCAAUCAUUUAGAACGAAGUUUUCCUUACGAAGAAGACAAAAUUUUAGAUUUUACUUUUAAGUUCCUCUUUUUAUUUUAAUUUUAUAAAACAGUUUAUGUAUUGCUAUUUUCUUGAUUAUAUUAGAGAAAUUAAAUUUCUCGUAAUUUUUAAUUAUUUUAUUAUUAUUUUAGAUUGUAAUGAAAUAAUUAGUUUUAUGAAGAUAUUUUAAGUUAUAAAUUCGAGUUUGGUUUUACCUUUCUGCCAUGUUCAAACGUUACCUACCUUACCUAAUAAAAAAAUCAAAAAUCAAAUCAAAUUUAGAUCGAGUUCGGAGAUGGCCAAUUUCGGUCCACUCCUUCUGGUACCUCCCAUACAAAAGGUCGAAAUUUUCAAUAAUAAUCCGAUUUUGCUGCAAGUUUGAAAAUCCUAAUAUUUGCGUCAGAGCUAGGUCAGGUGUGAAAAUGGACAAUAUCGGUCCACUCCAUCAAGUACCUCACCCACAAAGGGUCAACAUUUUGAAUAAUUACAACUCUUAUAAAAUGUGAUUUAAAAAAAAGGUAAUGGGAAAUAGCCAACAUUCCCAAACGGCAUUGAAGGAAAAUAAAUUUAUUUCGAAAUGUAAUAUGUACCAAUAACAAAAGGAGCAGUUGAUACUUUUAUAUGGUUUAUCUGGUCUUUUAAUUUGAACUUUGAAGUCUUGUUGGGUGUACGUAACAUCUGAAAAUGGCAGAGAACAUAAUUAUAGUUAUAAUUAUAUUUUAAAUGAAUGUAAUUGUUUGUAGAUUUUCAAAAUUUUACUUAAGGGGAAUUCCUCUAUUUUCAGUAUAUAUUGUAUAUCAACUGGAAAGAGUAA